GUAGCGUAUAACGUGAGGACGAUGUCCCAAACAACAACACUCCUGAGGAUAGCUUGCCAAGGGGAAGCCACAAUUUGCAACCUGCGGUUGGACUGUAAACCAAAUUAGUUAAGGUGGAAGUUGGUAGCAAGCGUUAUUGUUGACCUGGCAGCUCCUGACACAACAUGGAUUAUCUGCUCCAGGUGAAAAUAGGCGCCCUCGUCGGUCUGCUGCUCUUGACUCUUCUCUUCGGCUUCAUCCCUGCUCGGCUAAAAUGGUUCAGGAACUCAGGCGGGACAGAAUCCCACCGCACAGUUCUGAGUUUGAUUAGCUGUUUUGCCGGCGGCGUUUUCCUGGCUGCAUGUCUGCUUGACAUCAUCCCAGAUUACCUGUCAGACAUCAAUGCUGAGCUGGAGGCUCAGGGGCUGGAGCAGAUCAGCUUUCCCCUUCCAGAGUUCAUCAUGGCUGCUGGCUUCUUCACUGUCCUCAUUUUGGAGAGGAUUGUCCUGACCUGCCGGCAGGUGGAUGGGGUUCAUGAGGAGAGGGCACCCCUCAUACAGGCCAGCGGGCACGGGCACGGGCACGGGCAGGCCACAAGCCAUGACCUGGAGAGCAGCGGCCACCACAUCCAUGUCGACUUUCAAGCCCACUCCUCAUUUCGUUCAUUCAUGCUCUUCCUUUCCCUCUCUUUGCACUCUGUGUUUGAGGGCCUGGCCAUUGGCCUGCAGAAUACUGAGUCCAAGGUCUUGGAGAUCUGCAUUGCCAUACUUGUCCACAAGAGCAUCAUAGUUUUCAGCCUGUCCAUGAAACUGGUCCAGAGCGCUGUGCCUUCGUUCUGGGUGGCUGCUUACAUCGGAGUGUUUGCCAUGAUGUCACCUUUAGGCAUCGCCAUCGGCAUUGGCGUGGUGCAGGCCCAGCUGGCGACGGGAGCGUUCAUCCAGGCCAUCCUGGAGGGGCUUGCAGCAGGGACAUUUGUUUACAUCACAUUCCUGGAGAUCUUGCCACAUGAGCUCAACUCCCCUGAGAAGCAGCUUCUCAAGGUGCUCUUCAUCCUGCUGGGCUUCAGCAUCAUGGCAGCCCUCACCUUCUUGGGCUAAGACUGAGAGCAUGCCUGCGACUGGAGCAACCAUUAAAUUUGGCAUGAUUGGACCUAUCUGCAUUGUGCCAUGUACUACAGCUCUCCACAAGCCUCAGUGAGACUGUUGUACACAAAGACAAAGGGUUUUCAUUACAAACCAGGGAGUAGGUUUACUCUCACACUGUUACACCAGUGUUUUAUUUCUUUUAAUAUGCCUUUUUUAAUUUCACAGAAAUGUAAACAAACAGAACUGUGUAUAUAAUUACUUUUAAAUAUGAUCUUAUGUAAAUGGGAACAUCUUAAUGGUAAGGCUGCUGAACCACUGAAAGAAGCACAGAGGAACACAAGUGGCAUAUCUCUGAGUAACCUCAUUAAUCACUGGCCUUGUCUUGAACUGUGUUAAGGACCUGCAAACCAAACUGUCACUAACCUUUGACACUAAUGAGAUUACUGAAAACAAAGUGCUGUUGUAUAUAUCACAAUAUCUCGUAAUUGUUCAAUUAUGCCAUUGCAUCAUUACCUCCAGGUAUUUAAUGUUUACACUUAAUUUGUAAUGAACACAAAGGGGAAAUUUGGUAGGUUCUUGUUUCCAGCAAAAGCACUAUUUAGGUUUACAUGCACACCAUAUUCUGGUUCGCGUAAUUACGCUGCGGCAACUGGAAUAUUCCGUUUACAUGUUAUUUGGCAUGUUCCCGUG